GACUGUUAGACGGUUGUGUUGUGACGCGCAAGAAUAUCUCUCGUGCGUACUAUUCUACAUAUAGGAUAAAGGAUUAGGUGUGAUAUGUACUGUGAAGUGGACCCGUGUACUUGAUGUUUGUUUGUGUGGAAGAUUCUGAGAAGCAUCCAUGAUUCAGGAAUCUCAAUCUAGCAGCGCAGAGCGAUGGGGAGGGCGCGGUCCAGAGCACAACAUGGCGUUACAGCAAAUUCUGAAGCUGCAAGAAGCUCGAGCUCUCCACAAAACAUCUUUGCUGCCAAUCUACAAGAAGAACGGCCUACCCUCACCCUCCGAGGAUAGUGAAGACUACGAGCAAAGCAGGAGUGACAAGAAAAGUGAACCGUACAGUGAUCCGCGAGCUCUUGAACAACUCAAGUUAGAAGCUGAGUUCAGAAAACUGAUGGAACAGUCAGCUAAAGAUGUACGUAAUGAAGAAUCAUUUAAAUACUUUCAACACAUGAUGGAAGCAAAACACCACUUUGAAUACCUCAAAAGCAUUCAAGAAAAAGAAAGAAAAAGCCCUUCAAGUGAAAGCAAGGUAUUAGUGAAAAGGGAAAUGCAGUCACCGGUGCAUAAUAGGUCGUCUCCCGUUCCGAGCCAUUCGCCACGCAGGCCAUCAUCGGCAGAACUCUCGCCAAAUCAUAGUGUCCGUUUAUCUACCUCAUCAAGUCCUCUCUCUACUACUAGUCCCGUAAACUCAUCUCCUUUAAGUCACUUACAAAAUAUGCAACCUUUUGAUUUUCGCAAACACAAAAUCAAUGAAAAUGACAAGGAAGAACCUCGAAAGUAUGAUAUGACAGCUGCUGAGAAAGCCACCAUGGAUUUGAUGAGAAGCCAAUUCUUCAAUUUUCCAUUAUCAGGUAGCUUGCCUAUCCCACCUAUGUCAAUGCCUUCAACCUUCAGUCAUCCAGCUGCAAUGGUAGCUGCUCUUAGUCAAAAUCCGAUGGGACUGGCGUCAUUACAAGCUCUCUUACCUCAGAUGUCUUCAAAACCAGUGGAGUCUGCAGAAAAUAAGCCCAGUAACAUGUCUGGAAAAGGAAGGUUGGACGAUUAUAGACAAGAAGACGAAAACGUACUGAACUUGAGCAAAGACUCGUAUGACGCAGUACAAAAUUCCAGAAAUAUGUUGUUGGGUAAAUGUAUCACGCCACCAAAGCGGCAAUGGGGUGCGUCGCCGAUGCCUCUAAAUUUGGGAACGCAUUUUAUCAAUCCUGCAACUGGCAAGAAGAGAGUACAAUGUAACGUGUGUUUGAAAACAUUCUGUGAUAAAGGUGCUCUUAAAAUUCACUUUUCAGCUGUUCAUCUCAGAGAAAUGCACAAAUGUACAGUGGAGGGUUGCAGUAUGAUGUUUAGCUCACGAAGAUCUAGAAAUAGGCAUAGUGCUAAUCCUAAUCCAAAGUUACAUUCACCUCAUUUAAGACGAAAGAUUUCACCGCAUGAUGGAAGAAGCGCGCAAGCUCAUUCGGUGCUAAUUCCUCCACAUGCUGCUGGACUGAGUAUACCUCCUGUGAUAAAUCCAAUGCAUCCAUUUGGUUCGUACCCUCUUCUAAACCCACCCCACAAUAUGAGGCAGUUUUCUUCAAACUCGCCUCUAGAUUACAAAAACAAUAUGCACUAUUCUUCAUCCUCCGAUCAGUCUCCAAUGAUGAGAAGGGAGUCAGACUCUGUAGAAAACAAAGAUCAAGAUGGUCAGGGAGAAUCAGAUGAAGACGAUGGAAUCGUAGUUGUUGCAGGCGACGACGACGAUGAAGACGUAGAUCAUAUGGAUACCAGCGACUACUAUUCAACGCUUAACAAAUCAAAUGGUUCUGUAGAAGACUCUGAAACAGACUAUGACCAACGGAGUGUUAGUGAUCACAACGAAAAUAACGAAAACAAAAAAGAUGAACCCACCAGUCCUGAAGUAAAACGAAAAAGAAAGAAUCUCAAUCCUACGCGUUUGCAAAAUAGUCAAGAGCCUGAUCAUAAUGUAAAGGACAAUGAUGCCAAUGAUGACAUAAGAAAUAAUGAUGAAAACCAUGCUCUAGAUCUCAAAAGAGUUAAAACUGAAGAAAGUUGUGAAAAAGAAACUAAUCACACAGAAGUGAAAGAAACAAAAAGCCUUAUCAAAGUUAAAGAAGAGUUUACUCCAGUCAAAGAAGAACCCAUGGAUGUAAAUUAUGGAAUACAAGAUUUGCGUGUUAAAGAUGAACCGGCUGAUAAGUCUGAAAAAUAUAAAACAAAUGAUAGUCUACCAACCAGUGAAGAGCAAUUUUCGUCUGAAAAUGCUUUGAAGCGCCUUGAAAGCUUAUCUAAGUGCGACUUUCCCAGCUUAAGAAAAUCUGAACUACACAGUGCUAUUGGACCUUACAACUUAUCUUUAAAUGAGUCAGUAGAUUAUUCUGACAGGUCACCUUCAUCAUCCGUGUCUAGUUUUGACUAUACGUCAGAAGAUACACAAGGCCAAAUCUAUGGUCACUUCGACAGUGGCUUCUUCAUUAGUACCUCAGAUGUACCUCUAGAUCCUGAGAACCCCCGCCGAUGUUCAGUUUGCGGGAAGAUAUCACAGAAUGUAUACCUUCUAAAAACACAUUACCAAAACGCACAUUUAAAAAUAAUGAAUAAAUGCAGUGUCGAAGGUUGCAGAGCCGCUUUUCCAUCGAGGCAAGGAAGAGACCGCCAUAGCGCAAACGAAAAUCUUCACAGGAAAAUUCUCUCCUCUGAAGAUCUACGGGUUUGUGACGAGUCUGGAGCCAGGAUUAUGGAAAAGGCGAGAGAACAAAUGGAACUGAUAGCGAGGUUCAACGAGGAAGAACGUGCGGUGCCCUACAUUGAAUCGCACAAAUACUAUCGAGCUAAAGAGUCUGAUAAGAUGAGAAACCAUUUCAGUCACAUGCCGUUCAGUCCGACAUACCCACCGUUGCAGUUAACUGAUGCAUAUUUAGGUAACCGGGACAUGUUUGCUCAACACCCAUUUCUCUUUGGCCCUUUCGGCAUGUUGCCUAAUUUCCCGCCCUUGCCAUUGGGGUUUCUGCCUCCCAGUUUGAGUGCUUUCGGUUGCCAGAACCAAAAUUAUUCCCCUCCCUUGUCCCGAAAACUUAAUUACUGCGUAGAGGAUGAGGCUCCCCGACCGAAUAAGGAUGGUAGCUUCCCCUGCCGAGGCUGCAGAGAGAGUUUCAAGGAUCUGAUGACCCUGAAAAUUCAUUGUGAGAAUGCACAUGCGCAGUCACUUCACAGGUGCACCGUCAGUGGAUGCACCUCUGCUUUCUUCUCCAGAACGAAAAGGAAUAUACACUACGAAGCUCACGUCGCUAGAAGACCUAACGGGCGUAUCCCAGUCAAUUCUUCGUGACCUACAUAGACCAAAACUGAACGGUUAGGCGCAGUGAAAUAUCCAGUGCAUUUGUGAUGUUUUUUUAAAUUACCAAAUAGUAAUAGCCUAGAUCCUAUCGUAGCAUGUCAGUACCUUUAAUUCUCAUAGAUCUUCUCGAUGAUUAAGUGGGGUGUGUAAUUUAUAAUUGUGUCUGUAAAUAAUAUUGUAUGAAUGCUUAUGUAAUGCGAUUUCUUGGUGAUAUCUAUUUACAAUAUUUAAUGUAAGAAACGUAUGUGUAAAGUAACAGAGAGUAGUCUAAGUUUUAGUGUUCUAAUAAAAAUAAAAGUUUUUGUAUUAGUGUAUAGAAUCUUGACAUUCCAUAGUAAUAAUUUGUGCAAUAAAAUGUAUAUAGUUAAGUAUUAAAUGAGUGUACAAAAUGAUAGAGAACGGUUCAAAGGCUGGAUACAAAUUAUGAUUUUAUUAAAAGGUUGCAGUCUAGUACUUUUUCAAUAGUCUAAAAUUGACGUUAACUUCAUAUUAUGUAAAUCUUUCUCUUUAUAUUGCUUUAUGUAUCAAAAAUACUAGCGUUUUAAUUAUUAUCUAAGUAUAUCAUAUUGGUGAUUACAUUCACAAAUAUUUAUUAUUGAAUCCAUAUCUCUUGCUAUUUUGGUGCUAAUUACAAAAUCUUCAUAGUAAUUGUAUGUUAGUAUAUCUCCUGAAACUCCAUAACAAUUGCAAUGUUAAUAUUAAAAUUGUGUAAGAACCAAAAAGUAUUAAAGUGUAAGUUAAGGUCUUAACUGUAAUAACGAAGCAUGUUAUCUUCUUUUUGCCAAACGACAUUAAUAAAAUGUUUUGAAAAUUA